GGAUAGUACCUUGUCCUUCCUGCAGCUGUUCUGCGGUAGUCACAUGGUUGGGGACGUUUAAUUUACUUUUUCAAGCAACUUUGGGGUUUGGGAUUCAUCAUGGCUGUGAUGGGGAUACAGAUGGUGGUGACACUUCUGGUGGCCACUGUUAUGCACAGAGUGUCCCCUUAUUUCUCCUUUGGCCGGUGGCUCUUGUGCAAUGGCAGCUUGUUCCGCUAUAAGCAUCCGACCGAGGAUGAGCUUCGUGCGCUGGCUGGGAAGCAGAAACCUAAAGUUAAAAGAGAGAGGAGGGUGAAUGGUGUAACAGAUGAAAAGCCCUUGACAGUUCCUAGGGACAUAGACCUACACUUGGAUACCCAGCCGAUUACUACUAUUGAUGCUCUUGUGCUUCGCUAUUUCUUGGAAUACCAGUGGUUUAUAGACUUCUCUUUGUACGCAACCAUCAUCUAUCUGUUCACGGAAGGAUACUACUGUCUUGUAGAUGCCCAAAGUGAGAUCAACAUUGGAGUCCUCUGGUGUCUAAUGACCAUCAUUUUCUCUGUUAAAGUCCUGUUCACUGUGAUGCAGCACUACUUCCAAUCAGAAGAAGGUGGAGAGAGAUCAGUGUGUCUGACCUUUGCCUUCUUCUUCCUUCUCAUUGCUAUGAUCGUGAUGAUUGUGAGAGAAGAGUAUCUGGAGUUUGGUUUGGAACCAGGUCUGACUAGCUUUACUCACAAUUUGGAGCGUUUCUUCCAGCAGCAAGGCUGGCAGCUGUCGGUUCCUGUGAUCAAGCUAGCAUUCAAGAUUGCCCUGGUGGCAUUAUGCUCCUUUAUUGGUGGAUGUCUCACCUUUCCUGGCCUACGGUUGGCACAGACUCACCUGGAUGCUCUAAAGAUGGCAGCGGACAGGCCGAUGCUCCAGCUCUUACUUCAUGCCAGUUUCUUGCCUCCUGUUAUUGCGGUAGUGUUAUGGAUCCGACCAAUCACUAGGGACCUCCUCCUGAAUGCACCAAUGGGAAAGGAGUCUGUACAACUAAUGUCUGAUUCGACCUACAAUACCUUCCGCCUGUGGAUCAUCGUGGUUAUGUGUCUUCUACGCCUUUGUCUCACACGCUUCCACUUGCAGGCGUACUUGGGCCUUGCUGAUAGUUGGGUAGAUCGCAUGAAGAGAGAGGCCGGGAGGAUUACUAUGUUAGAGAUUCAGCGCAAGAUCUCCCGCAUCUUCUGCUACCUGACUGUGGUUGCGCUGCAGUAUCUGGCUCCUGUCAUCCUGACUCUCCAUUGUGUUCUGCUGCUGAAAACAUUGGGUGACUAUUCUUGGGGUCUUUACCCAGAGCCACCUGGUGUCACACCUGCUGUUGACUUCUCCACCCAGUCACCACCCUCCUCCAUGUCCUCUGACGAGGAGGAUGAUUCUGAGGAUGUCCAAGCUGCAGUGGAGCAGAUUAUGGGAGCUUUGGGUGCCUUGCGAGGCCUCUUUACACCAGUAUUCUACCGUGGACUUUUUGCUUUCUUGACGUGGUGGGUCUCCAUAUGUCAAAUUGUCACCAGCCUGUUUGGCCUCUACUUCCACCAGUACCUUGCGGCUUCAUAAGCGCAGGAUCCAAAGGAAAGAUUUUGGGCCGCAGUCUUUGAAGAGUCCUGGUACUAGGUCCAUUUAUUGGCUUGGCUGUUAGACAGAGAUCGAGUGAAGCAGUCCAAGUGCCAUCUCAGGUUGCUUUAUUAUGAAAUAUAUUUUUAAUAAAAUACUUGUAUGCAAA